AUGUUACUAUUCAAAACUGAGAAUGGUGUGAGACGUGAUUUGGCAAGACGACAAGAACACAAUCUUAGAAUGGCUGAAAAUGAAAAAGAGAGGAAUUUGCUUAAAUACGAGAGUGAUGUCUCCACUGAAUCUGCAGCUGCAAUUCGUGCAAUUGCUGAUCAAAGGAAUGUAGAAUUGAAAAAUAUCAGAGAGUCUGCAAGGCAGGAAAUAAAUGAUUUGGAUUCUCAAAUAUUGAAUGAAGCUAUGAAAACAAGUGAACAAAUUGUACAACUCGAAAAGAAAGCUGAAAAUGAAAUUAAUCAAAAAUUAACAAUAUUGGAAAAAGAAAAAUUGACGGAGCGAAUGGAGUGGAAGAGGAAAGCUCAGGAAGCAGAGCAUAGCCAUGUUCAAAACCAACAAAUUCUAAAGGAACUAUGCAGAAAUGUAGAUGAAACAGAAAUCUCCGAGUGUCAAAAAACUAAAGAGUUGCAAAUUAAACUCGUUCAAGAAGAAGCAGCAAAAGAUGAAGAAUAUACGGUUGAAUUUCAAAAUGUUGAAAAACAGAAUAUGGACAAAAAGAAAGAAGCUAUGGAAGAGAAACAUCAGCUGGCAAUAAGACAUAAUGAAGAGGUUGAUUACCAAUCAAUUAAUUUUUAA